UGCAGAGUAUAGGACUGAGGACAUAAAUUCUACAUAUUCUUUAAAAAAGACUGGCUGAGUCCUGCUGUCUACAUAGAGGAAUCUUCCUGAUGUGGCUCCCUGUGCUGGUGGUGUUGGUCCUCAUCCUCCUGUACAGAUGGUACAGGCAGAGUCAAAUACUGGAGAAUCUCACAGAUAAAUAUGUCUUCAUUACCGGAUGUGACUCUGGAUUUGGGAACCUGUUGGCGAAGCAGCUGGAUAUACUUGGAAUGAGGGUUCUGGCUGCCUGUCUGAUGAAGACAGGAGCUGAGAACCUGAUGAAGGAGACCUCCAGCAGACUGCAGACUGUAAUACUGGAUGUCACUGACAGUCAGAGUGUGAUCUCUGCUGCGGAAUGGGUGAAGGAAAUUGUUCGAGAUAAAGGUCUCUGGGCCAUUGUGAAUAAUGCAGGGAUUGCUUUUCCUAUUUCUCCCAAUGAAUGGCUGACCAAAGAGGAUUUUUUAAAAAUUUUGAAUGUGAAUUUGCUGGGACUUAUAGAUGUUACUCUAAAGAUGCUGCCCCUGAUCCGGAGAGCCCGGGGAAGAGUGGUCAACAUUUCAAGCAUUUCUGGUAGAUUGUCUUUUAGUGGUGGAGGAUACAGCAUCUCUAAAUAUGGAGUGGAGGCAUUCUCAGACAGUCUCCGCCGUGAGAUGAUCCAAUUUGGUGUGAAGGUCUGUAUCGUGGAGCCUGGUUCUUUCAAAACAGAAAUCGUUAAUUCAGGCACAAUAGAAGGAAAAUUGAAAGAACUUUAUGAGAAGGUCCCAGAAGAUAUCCUCAAAUUAUAUAGCCAAAAUUAUGAAACCUUUCGCAAGGAAUAUCUUGAUGGCUUUUCAAAGGCAAACCCGAACAUUCACCUGGUCACAGAUUGUAUACAGCAUGCUCUGACUGCUGUCUACCCACAGACACGCUACUCUGCUGGCUGGGAUGCCAAACUCAUCUUAUUACCGCUUUCAUACUGUCCCACUGCAUUGGCAGAUUUUAUUCUUACAAAAAAAUGACAGUAGCACGCAAUAAAGAUAUUAAAUGGGGGCCUUAAUAUAGCCUGUCCCCAUUUAUGAAAUUUUAUUUGGGGUCCCUUGCUACCACAAAAAAAUUGUGAGUGACCCUGUAUUCAUGUUUUGUUCAUGGUAAACACAUUGUGGGUUUUGGGUUUCUGUGUUCUAUGUGCUGCAAUUUGAAUUUCUGAAAUACAUAUUUUCAUGGGAACAAUUUAUCAUGAGCUGUUUAUUUUAUUUAGGAAUGACAUAUGGGGCCUAAUUCUGUGUCAGGCAUACUUCCGAUGUUGACCGCAACUGAGUGUUUUUUUAUUCUCAGGUUGCACUGUCCAGAGUCUGUGCAAACAGUGUGAUGCAUGGUCUCUGAAAGGUCUUGAAAAUGUAUUGGGUAUUGGGUGUUCCUGGGAGGGGCAAAGAGGUGGCUAAUUGAAAUGGGGAAAGGGAAAUGGGAUGGCUACUGCACUAGUAUUAUCUUAUAUAUGUUUCAUUUUAACCCCGUACUGUGUCAAUGUCAUAAAUUUGACUCUUUAUGGGGGUGCUGCCACAGAAUAUAUUGUUGCUAAUAUGUUGGGACUAGUUUACAAAAAGAAAAAGAAAUUGGACUUGAAGUGGCACACUACUUAGAAUUAAUUAGACUUAUAAAAUGUAACUUUUAUUGAUAGGUUAUAAAAG